AGGAGAAGGUCUGCGGAGGAGCGGAACGGAACCGGGCCGGUGAUGAUGGUGAGGUGGUGGACGAGAGGAGAAGGGAACGGCUGUGGAGAAUUAACCUCAGGAUUAUUAUAAACACCAGGAGUGGCGGGGGCGUGGAGGCUCGAGGCAUUGAAUAAGAGCUCGAUAUUUACCCCGCGGCGCCCCGAAGGGUGGGGGAGACAAGCCCAGGUCUUCAUGGCCGCCAUGUUGGUGAGGGAAGGGUAUCGAGAAAGAGGAUUCACAGAUGAAAUACUCAAAUUGAGCAGCACGCUGAGGUUGUAUAAGAGUCACGCCAAUUCCUAGGCAUCUGAAUAUCACUGGCCUUUGAGGGUGGAUCGAAAGAAAAAUGUUUGUCAUUUUGUCUGCUGGCUUUCAAACUUUGGUGAGACCAGAACAGCAGGAAGGCAUCCAAGUGAAAGUCUUUCAGUGCAAUUACCCAGGUUCACAGCCUUCAGUAACAUUGGACCAUUCAGGGUGGUACGUGUGACCUGUGUGUAUGUGUAUGAAACUUUAACGAGUUAUCCGAACCCAGAGGGAGUGACAAGAGCACUCGCACCAUGGAUAAACCAUGGAAAUGUGGGGACUGUGGGAAGGCGUUCAGCUAUCCAUCGCAGUUGGAAAAUCAUCGCCGCAGCCACACCGGGGAGAGGCCAUUCAUCUGCUCUGUGUGCGGUAAGGGCUUCGCGCAGUCCUUCUGCCUCCAGUCGCACCAGCGGGCUCACACUGAGGAGAGGCCAUUCAGCUGCACGUACUGCGGGAAGAGGUUCCGGUGCUCGUCCAACCUCACGGCCCACCGGCGGGUCCACACGGGCGAGAGGCCGUUCACCUGCUCGGUGUGCGGGAAGGGCUUCACCCAGUCCACCACGCUGCAGACUCACCAGCGGGUCCACACGGGCGAGCGGCCGUUCGCCUGCUCCGAGUGCAGCAAGGGGUUCACCAACUCGUCGCAGCUGCUGAAGCACCAGCGGGUCCACACGGGUGAGAGGCCGUUCACCUGCACCGCCUGCGGCAAGGGCUUCGCCCAGUCCAACAACCUGCUGCGGCACCAGCGGGGCCACGCCGGCGAGCGGCCCUUCUCCUGCCCGGUCUGUGGCAGCGGGUUCACCCACUCGUGGAACCUGCGGGCCCACCAGCGCAUCCACAGCGGUGAGAGGCCGUUCGCCUGCUCGGUCUGCGGCAAGGACUUCACCCGCUCGUCCCACCUGCAGACUCACCGGCGCAUCCACACCGGGGAGAGGCCUUUUGUCUGCUCUGUGUGCGGGAAGGGCUUCACUCAGUCACAGCACCUUCUGUCACAUCAGCGAGUCCAUAAGUGACCACGGGAGGUGGAUUAUUCGAGGCUGCUGGUCACAUCCAGUGGUUGAUAGAAUCCCUACGGCGCUGAAAGAGGCCGUUCGGUCUGUCGAAGUCUGCACCGACCCUCCAAAGGGCAUCCCACCCAGAACCGACCCCCUUCCCUGUCCCUGUAACCCAGCAUGACUAAUCCACCCAGCCUGCACGUUAUGGGAAAUUUAACACGGCCAUUCCACCCAGCCUGCACAUCCCCAGAACACUACGGGACAAUUUAGCACGGUCAAUCCACCCUAACCUGCACAUCUUUGGACUCUGGGAGGAAACCCGUGGCAGAGACGGGAGUGGGGGGAUGUCGUGCGGGCGCCACACGAUCAGAACUGGAAUUGAACCCGGGUCCCUGGUGCUGUGAGGCAGCUGCACCAAUCACUGAGCCACCAUGCCAACCCCCAAAGUCUGACAGUGUUUGGUUUGUUUUCCACUGGCGUUGACGUUCCCAGUAACCGGCUGGAGUUUCGUAUUCUGGAGACGUUGGUGAUUUUUGGGACUGCUUUGUCCCAUUUAGCAUCUUUCCCCUUAAUUCGUGAACUCUUAGCAAGAACCAUAAGAUGAGGAACUCUCACCUCGUCCUCAGGUUCACCUUUGGGACAAAAUGAACAGUGCAGUGCCUGAAAGUAUCCACCGAUUAACAUUUCCAAUUAGAAAGCACUGAUUUUUAAGAAAUCAAGUAACGUUGCCACAGUCUUGCAGGGUCCCUCCAGCUUAAUAAUAUCCUUCAUUAGUGAGAGAAGGUGGUUUAGCCUGAAGGUCACUGUGCCUCAGGCGAGUUGAUAAGAAUAAUCCUACAGCUGUUGUGGGGAUUGAACCCGCACUGCUGACAUCGCACUGCAUCGCAAGCUAGCUAACUGAGCCCCCAAAGUGCCGUUUAAUCCUUGCUGACACUUCCUUCCGACUCUCACGUUCUUCACAGCCGCACCUUCUUUGCGAAAUCAAAUUGCCAGGGAACGCCAGGGGGUGAAAGUGAAGUGAAGCGAAGGUUGCUGUAGUCCCAGAGGUUAUCCUCCCUUCACAGCGAAAUGAUAUG